GAGAAAAUGUUUUCUCAAGGAGUUGCAUUAAAAGCUUUUCUUUAGUUGAGCAUAUUGGCUUAACACACCUGCCAUUGAAAACAGACUGAUUACAGCUGGUUCUCUUUACAGAUGAAACAUCAGAAAUAAAUAUUAGUUCAUCAUGUAAUGAAAUUUAUAUAUGCAUAUAGAUGGUAAAAAUAAAAAAGAAACAACGGCCAGACAUCCAAGUUUACAUUAAUGUAAGUUUGAAUUAAUGUUAUCUAGAUAAACCAGGUACAAAUAUAUUGGGCUCUGUGCGUGGUGGUGAAACUGGUCUGUUGCCAGAAGGGGGCGUAGUUUAAAAUAAACUUGUCUCCCUUUCUCCUGACGAGUGAUACCUCGGUUCUCAAAUAACUUCUUCAUACAGCUGUUUGUGCGCCAUGUGUGCCUUUUUUUUUCUUUUUUUUUCUUUUUUUAUAUAAGUCUGACAGUAUCAUUAAAUCUCUGCGCUGCUCCUCAGGAUCCAUCCUAAUUGGGUGCCUGUCAGUUUUGACAAGAGGAGCCCAGAUUAAACGACUUUAGGAAGUAGAGGCCAUUAAGUAGACACAGUUCAUUGAUAUAUAUUCUGAAGGGAAAGUGGCAGAUACAGUGCACUUAAGUGAUGCCUAAUUGCUUCGAGGUGAGGAGCGUUUUUAGGCCAUAGGAAAGGAGGAAGGGUAGGAAGAGUGGACCGUCUCUGCUCAAGAAGAUGCUGAAUAUUAAACCCCAAAGAGUUCAAACCGCUGUAAAAUGUACUUAGAGGGGAAAAAAUGUUGAGUAGGCCUUCUAAAUGUCUGUAGUUUUAUUUUUGUUUUUUGUUUUCAAUUAACGCAUGGAUUCACAAUUUUCUCCUGUGCAAAACAAGGACAUCGGGACGGUUUCUCAUCCUCCUCGGUCGCGCAAGAACAGUUGGUGUGGAGCAAAGUUAAUUGCGGUUGUAAGGUAAAAUGCCAGCUGGAGAGAGAGUGACAGUGGAUAAAAGGCCACAUGAAGUAUGGCUGCGCAUUUACGCGGCUGUUACGCACUGAGUUUGAAGGAGCAGGAGCCACGUGAGGCAUAAAACUCUUCCACUGAAUGUUGAUAUUGAUUCCUUAACGUGUAAAAAAUGCAACGUUGAUAUCAAAAUUUAUAUCAUGACAUUCCAUUAUUCAAAAGAAAAAUGUAAGAUGCCCAUCCGUCCCGGUUAUUGAGUAAAGGAAUUUCUCCUAGCCUCCUCCAGUCAGCUCAGCGCGCGCACUCUGACGUCUUUCCAUGCGAGGUCCUCAUUAACGGGGACGUUUGGUGUCUCUGACGUGUGUGUGUCGGUCCUCUGACGGCACCUGCCCCUUUAUAAGCCUCAGUAAGUCACCCGGGAGACCUCCACAAACGCUUCAGUAGACGGUUCCUCGCGGUGCAAAGGGGGACGAAGCUCUUCAUCAACCGUCUAGCUGCUCUGCUCACUGCUCUGCGCCUCAGGUGCCCCAGCACAUGACUCUAGAAAUACUUCAGGUCUUCAUGCCGUCCCGUUCCUAGCGGAAGACCGGUGCGACAAUGACCAUCCAUGUAGAGGGGCUUGUGGCUAUCGCGUUCUUCUAUCUACUGAUCCUGUUCGUGGGCAUCUGGGCGGCAUGGAAGAACAAGCACUCCGGGGAGGCGGAGGGCACCGACCGCAGCGAAACCAUCAUGGUCGGCGGGAGAGAUAUUGGAUUAUUUGUCGGUGGAUUUACCAUGACGGCAACCUGGGUUGGAGGAGGAUACAUCAAUGGCACAGCUGAAUAUGUGUAUCUCCCAGAUUUCGGCUUGGCUUGGGCACAAGCUCCCUUUGGAUAUGCCCUCAGUCUGGUUGUGGGUGGUCUUUUCUUCGCCAAGCCCAUGCGCUCACGAGGUUACGUCACCAUGCUGGACCCUUUCCAGCAGCUGUACGGGAAACGCAUGGGCGGCCUUCUCUUCAUACCUGCGCUCAUGGGUGAGAUCUUCUGGUCUGCUGCCAUCUUAUCCGCCCUUGGUGCUACUCUGAGCGUCAUUGUGGACAUCAACAUUAAGAUGUCAGUGGUUAUCUCAGCACUCAUUGCAAUCUUUUACACCCUGGUUGGAGGACUGUACUCUGUGGCCUACACUGAUGUCGUGCAGCUCUUCUGUAUCUUUGUUGGCUUGUGGAUCAGUGUCCCCUUUGCUUUGACCAACCCUGCGGUGUCAGACAUCACCGUUACAGCAGUGAAGCAGGUGUACCAGUCGCCCUGGAGAGGCAGCAUCUCCAAGAGCGACACCUGGGUCUGGAUCGACAACUUCUGCCUCCUGAUGCUUGGAGGAAUACCCUGGCAGGUGUAUUUCCAGAGGGUGCUGUCUGCCUCCUCAGCCACCUACGCCCAGGUCCUCUCCUUCCUGGCCGCUUUCGGGUGCCUCGUCAUGGCUGUGCCCUCCGUUCUCAUCGGAGCCAUCGGGGCCUCCACGGACUGGAACCAGACAAGUUAUGGUGCCAUCCCUCCUAGAGAAAAGGAAGAAGCAGACAUGAUUCUACCCAUCGUGCUCCAACACCUUUGCCCGCCAUUUGUGUCUUUUUUCGGCCUGGGCGCAGUGUCUGCAGCUGUCAUGUCCUCUGCAGACUCUUCCAUCCUUUCAGCAAGCUCAAUGUUUGCGAGGAACAUCUACCAGCUCGCCUUUAGACAGUCAGCGUCUGACCGUGAGAUCGUGUGGGUGAUGCGUAUUACUAUCUUUGUUUUCGGUGGCCUUGCCACGGUGAUGGCGCUGGUAACCGGGACAGUUUACGGCCUGUGGUACCUGAGCUCAGACCUAGUUUACGUCAUCAUCUUCCCCCAGCUGCUCAGUGUGCUCUUUGUCAAAGGCACCAACACGUACGGCUCGGUGGCUGCAUACCUGUUUGGCAUGCUGCUGCGUAUAGGUGGAGGUGAACCCUACCUGCAGCUGCCUCCCUUCAUUUAUUACCCUGGCUGGACCACCGAGAAGCGGAUGCACCACAUGACUGGAGAAAUGGAGGACAUCGUCAUUCAGAAGUUCCCCUUCAAGACCGUCUCUAUGCUCGCCUCUUUUCUGGGUAAUGUUGCUUUCUCCUACCUGGCCAAGUACCUGUUUGAGAGCGGCAAGAUUUCACACAAAUACGACUUUCUCGACGCAGUGGUGUCCAAGCACAGUGGAGAGAUUAUGGAUAAGACGACGCUUGUGACUCGCAGCAACAACAUCGGGCUGUCAGAGAUGGCGUCCGUCAAACCGCGCCUCAGCGUGACCUUGGCGGCCGCCUUCACGCGCCGUGACACACUGCCGACAGAAACAGUGGAGGAGGAGGAGGAGUACAGCCCUGACUCCUCCCACCACGAUGAUGAAUGACAAACUCAGGAUAUGAUUUAAAAAAAAUAAGAUAAAAAAUUGAAAACUGAACACGUGACUAAACUGCCAGAGAACUGGUUACUCUGUCAGACACUCGAAAAUCAUCCUUCCUUGGGACUACAAAGGACCACAUCCCACCUGUGGUGACUGGAUAACAGCCACAUGUCAGGAUGUAGAUAUGUAGUGUAGCAGCUUGCUGAUUGUCCGGACAUAAAGCCGUCUUUCUGUGAAGUCCAUCAAAUACACACACAAACCCACACAUACACUCAUAUAGUAUUUAAAGAUAGCUGGUGUCCUUUCUUGAACUGCUUUGGAGAUUUUAAUUGAUUUUAUUUUUUAUCACUAAUAAAAAGCAGGUUGUUACCAAACAGCAGAUGAGUGGUGAUAAGAGAUGCUGCACACAGAUGAAGACUGGUACUUUAUAAGAAGUGACUGACAGCACAACCAUAGUUUGGAAGUAGGGUAUAUACUGUAUGUACCAAGUAGUUAAAAGCAAUAACACACGCACACACGCACACACGCACACACACACACACACACACACACACACACACACACACACACACACACACACACACACACACACACACAUACACACACACACACACACACACACACACACACACACA